AUGCCCUACGACCCCUCCAUCGAGCCCAGCAGCACCUCAGAGUACUUCGACAGCGCAGAAGACGACCUCAUCACCCACCACUACCUCAACACCUCAACACUCUCAUCCUCCUCACCCACCCUCCUCCAGUCACCCCACCUCUCCAAAAACAGCCACCGCCCCAGGGACAGCUAUGCCAACACCUACGGCGCACCCGCCUCCGCCGCCGGCCCCGAUCUCUCCAGCCUCAGCGCAAUCGCAUCAGGACUCGUCGGCGGAGACUACGGCCCAUUCCCCCAAGAACUAUCCCACCCGGGCAUCAUCCCCUACUCGCCAUCCAACCCACGACGACUCAGCGCCAAUGAACCCAUCGUCGACUUUGCCCUCCUCCCCCCCGGCCCAAACAAGAUCUUCACCCCCUUCAACCACUCCAACCACCAUCUCAAAUCCCGUCGCCCGCCCUCGGCUGACGGCUACUCGGGCUCAGUCAGAGACUCGCUCGUCUCCUACGACGACAGCGGCGCAGGGCACGUCUACGGCACCAUGUCCCUCCCCCCUCCGGUCGGCCUGAACUACGCCGGGGCAUACUCGGAGACCACCGAGGACCUGCUCUGGAAGGAGGAGAACAAGGAGCCCGACGACUUCCUCCACGACCCCGACCCCGACUUCGACUCGCGCGCCGACCGCAAGUUCAUCCUCUGGUCCCGCAGGGGCUGGAUGAACGUCGCCUCGCUCUCCAUCCUCGUCAGCGGCCUCAUCGGCCUCUUUGCGCUCUACCCCAUCCUCACCUACGUCCUCAGGCGCGGCCCAACCGCACUCGGCUGGAACCUCGGCGGGAUCAACGGCACCGGCCAGUUCCCUGACAUCCCCAACCUCCCCCGGCUCAUCGACCUCACCACCCCUGAUGACGCCAAACAUCGCGUCGGGCUCGACGGCAAGAAGUACAACCUCGUCUUCUCAGACGAAUUCAACACCGACAACCGCACCUUCUGGCCGGGCGACGACCCGUUCUGGGAGGCCGUCGAUCUGCACUACUGGCAAACCACCAACUUCGAGUGGUAUGAUCCAGACGCAGUGACCACCAAGGGCGGCAAUCUUGUGAUCCAGAUCGACCAGGAACCCAACCACAACCUGAGAGCGCGCUCGGGGAUGAUCCAGAGCUGGAACAAGUUCUGCUUCACCGAGGGCUACAUCGAAGUCAACAUCUCCUUGCCUGGCGCCCCCGGCGUCCAAGGCUUCUGGCCCGGAGCUUGGACGAUGGGCAAUUUGGCCAGGGCCGGCUUUGGGGCGAGCAAUGAAGGCAUGUGGCCCUACUCGUACGAGGCCUGUGAUGUCGGAACUCUGCCGAACCAGACGAUGCCCGACGGCCGAACCCCGCCGGCUGCCAAGACAUCAGGAUCGCCGGACUACGGGGGAGCACUCUCCUGGUUACCCGGACAACGCACCUCGGCGUGUACGUGCAAGGGGGAAGACCAUCCAGGCCCCUCGGUGGAUGUGGGCCGGUCGGGCCCGGAGAUCGAUAUCCUGGAGGCCCAGUACGCCUACGGGCCGAACGGGAACCAGGGCUCGAUGUCCCAGUCGAUCCAGAUCGCCCCGAUGGACGAGGGCUACAUGUGGAUGAACGACUCGAGCUCGAUGCAUGUCGCCAACAUGGCCAACUCGCCCAAAGACCCCACCGGGACGAUCAUCAACCGCUGGCACGGCUCGAUCUGGCAGGAGUCCCUCUCCGGAAUCACCAUGACCGACGGCACCUCCUACGAGGGGAAAGGAUUCCAGCAGUUCGGAUUCGAGUACAACAAGGGCUUCCAGGCCGACGGCGGCAGGGUCAGCUGGACCUACAACUCCCAGGAAACCUGGACGAUCUAUGCCAACGCGAUCGCCGGCCAGUCCGGCACUCAAGUCUCCCCGCGUCCCAUCAGCACCGAGCCCAUGUACGUCAUCCUCAACCUCGGCAUCUCCAACAAGUUCCAGACGGUCGAAUGGGAGAAACUCAACUUCCCGGCUAAGAUGUAUGUCGACUACGUCCGGAUCUACCAACGCGAAGGCCACACCAACAUCGGCUGCAGUCCCAAAGAUCGGCCUACGGAGGACUACAUCAAUCGUCAUCUCGGCGCUUACACCAAUCCCAACUUCACCACCUGGGCCCAAGCUGGAUAUACCGUCCCCAAAAACCGCUUGAAGGAUACCUGUUAG